AUGUUCGAUAUAUCGUGGACUGACCCGACACGAGAGACCGUUGGGCAACGAAAAAACCGCAAAGAACAUCAGGCUAAUGGCUUGUCCCGGGGAACAUCUAUCAGAAGCUCCCAAUCUUCAGAGUCCGCUCAAAGUCAAGCAAAGCCAGCACUCUUUUCGCUUUUCGGCGGUAGCAGGAAGGGGGGGCUUAGACGAAGUGGCUCGCACUCCAAACUGUCGGCUUUGAGAACGGAACAAAGUAUCAAGGCUUCGAGACGUAUUUCAAGCUAUACCGUUGCUUCAGAAACAUCGAGAAGCGAGCUACCCGGACAAGCAAUUACCACACGAAUUCCAGUCAAUGGCUUUUUCGCAGGUCCUCCGUACAAUGCGGACGGACCCCAGUCAAGUUCAUCCGAGGCGGCGGAGUCUGUGUUUUCUGGGUGGACUGGGCGCUCAGCAGCUACCGAGUCAUCGUGGGGCUCUACACCAGAGUCUCCUCUUGGUAAAGGUCCGAUCAUACAACCGUUGAGUCCGACUUCAUUCGUGACUCAAAGCACAGAAGUUACGGUGUCCCCACGAGAUAGCCUUAGAUCAGCAGAACAAGUGGCGACUAUUGUCCACAUAUCGGCCGCUGGUACAAUUCCAAUUGAAGUGAACGAUUCUCCGACGGAAAUGUCACAUGGAUCUUCAAUAUUUGACUUCCCAAUUCCCCAUUUCAGUUUGCCAGAAUCACAUACAGCGUCGAUACUUACAGCACAUAAUGUUGACCUCAAGAAAACUGGUAGGCCUAUUGUGCUUCGAGGAAGGCAGGGGGGCUCCUGGAAGGCUCCAGAAGUUUGGAACUGCCCCUCGGAAAGAAAGGAAAGCGAGAAUCCAGCAGCAAUGGUAGUGGAAUCGCCUAAGUCUGUGGAUAUUACGCGACAGGUAUCACCCAUCUUGGAAGUCACUCACUUGCAACGAAGUAUCCGGAGAAUGGAUGCCGCAAGCCCCAGGAUAAUUCUUGAACGACUUAAAGAAGAGUGGAUGGAAAUUGCGGAUGCAUCGGUGUAUCGUGAAUUGGAACUUGAGAAGCAGCUCUGGAUGCUCUCGGCGCUGAGAAGUCUCUGGAGGUCAAGUGAGACGCCGAUGAAAGUAAAUAGUAGGCCGUUUGGAAUGGCCAAAGCGCUAUCGCUGUACGAGAAUCAUGCGUCUGCAUCUUUCCUCUCAGCCCUUGCACCAUUUACUGACAUACACCACCUCUCAACGACACCGCUAUCUCCAAAAUCUUACCCCAAUAUUAAGCCCAUGCCCGUUUCAAGGCCAAAAUUAGUUCUCCCCUUCGCUUCUAAUCUAUUUGAUUCAAUGCAUGCUUUUUCACUCCCCGCCAUUCUUCCAGCAUCUUCUCUACCUAGCAUUCUCAAGGAAUGCCACCGAACCCUAAUGUCGGCGUCAUGUCCAUCAUCUCCAACAAUCCCAGGAACCACACCCCCAGAGCCGACCAAAGCAGGAACACUCCAUCUCACCAUCCUCGACCCAUCGCCCAUCCCCUCAACACUUGGCCCUAUACUUCGCGCCUGGCUAGAUACUCACCUGAUCCUCAACCUAGAGAAGCAAUUCCGGUGCAUCAACCCUUCGCGCCUGUUCCCCAUCUGGCUGGAGGCUGCACGUCUCCGCGCAGAAGGCAGUACGCGUCUUACGGUCUGCUUCCUUGCCUCCGUCAAUGCGAAGGAAGCCGAAGACUUGUUUAUCGAUCAAGAGUCUACUUCUCCAAGUGACACAAUCGAUAAAAACGCAAUCGUGAAGCAAGAGCUGAAAAGUGUAGUCGGCCGUAUGCUCUGGAAAGAGAUAUGGGGCUCGUACGUGCAGGCUGAUCGCUGGUGGUGGGAAGAUGCGAAUAUCAUAGAGGAGUGUGAGAAGAUGGGGACAUGUUGGGAGUAUGCUGUUAUUGAAGCUGUCAAGGAGGGAUGA